CACUGAAGAAGUUCAAACACAAAGGAAGAGCCCAGCUCUCUCGCAGGCCGUAAAACCCGGACUGGAGCCCGCCUCACAGCUACAUCCCGUGUGUUUGGGGCGGUCUGCGCUAAAAAGCGGCCAGGAACAGGUCCUCAGGCCUUUGACUCACACCACUGGUGAGCAUCUUUAUGUGUCCAAUAUAUUCAAAAACAUUGGUGAUGUGGCACUAAACAACUCAAACCUCUGUCUGUGGAUUCAGAAACAUUUCUUAGCUAACGUGCUAGCUUUGCUAGCUGUGUAAUAAACUGAGUGCUGGUCUCUGUGACCACAGAAGCAGACUCACCAACCAGCAGUAACAUGGCAGCCUUAUCAGGCGGGAAAAAGACGAGCCAAAAGGCAAAGGUAAGACACCCAGCCAGCCCCGGACGAACCUGCCUGCUGUUCCUGCUAAUCAGGAGAACAAAGACGGCAUCUUUAGCUUUGUCCUCGUCAGACCGGCUGGAGUCCAAAGACUGGGCCUCUCAGUGUUCGAUGAAUCUGUGAUAGUGGUUACUACAAGUAGAGUUAAAACGCGUACCUGGCUAAUAAAAGUGGGACUUUUUCAAGCCAGCAGCUAAACCUUUAACCUUGUUUUAAUUCAAAUACAACUAUCUGAGUGACAGAGCCAUCUUUAGCCUGUGUGCUCAAACCCUGAGAUGACACUGUAGACUUACAUUAUAAAACUAAAAAUGUGGGCUGUGCAUAAUUUCAAUGAAGAAACUACAGGAAGUGUCUCUGUUCUGGAGACACUGUAAAGUCUGUCUGAACUUAAUUAAGUUAAACCAGUAACUCAGCAGAGACCUCUUAAAUGAUGGUGAUGAUUUAAAACUCGGAGAAUCAGUGCACUGAAGCUGAUAUUGCAGAACAUGGUCGGCCAACACAUACCUAAGACUUUCCUUCUGUGUUUUCUAUUCAUUUGUCCCCAUUGCUUAUUUCUAGGCCAUCCUACAGACAUGCUUCAUUGUGAUAGCAGUUUACACUGAGCCCUUAUCACACUCUGCCUGGUCUUGAGUGCAUAUUUAAUAGUUUCCUUGUCUGUCUAUGGAUUACUUAGAAUCUAAAAAAGCACAAUUAAAUGAGUGAAUCUGUGGCAAAGAAGGAUGCAGUCUUUUUCUAUCUUUUUUUCUUCCAGGGUGGCUUUAUCCGAGUGAGGAAGAGAGAUUUAGAGAAGUUGACCACAGAAGUCAUGCAGCUUAGAGAGUUCCUGCCCAGAGUUGUGAAUGGGGAUCUGAUGGAGAUGCUGCAUAAAGCCCGAGCAGCUCAGACAAUGAAGGAGCAGAUUGUGAAGGAGCAGAUGAGGCAGGAGUGUCUGCACCUGCAGUCUCGACUGGAUGCUGUGCAAACUGAGAGUCAAAAAGAGAAAGAGGAAAAGCUGCUGUUACGUGAGCAACUGUGGCAGAGCAGAGUGGAGCUGCAGCAGCAGGCAGACUUCUGCUCUGGUCUGGGAUCUGCUGCCUGCAGUCUGCUGUGGAGCUGCUCUGCCAAGGAGGACACCGUCUCACUUUGGCUGGCUGAUGGGAAGCUGCAGGCCUUCCUUGCUGUAGCUGCUCAGACUCUCGAGAGCUUUGUCACGUCUUUGGAUGAAGAGGAGAAAAGUCAAACUGAGGACUACAACUCCCACGAGCACCAGUUUGUGCUGGCAGUGGCUGGGACCAUUACUAAUGUAGCAGCAGUAACGCAGGGGCGGGACUUCCUGUCAAGCUCAGCGCAUGUCUUGCUGGACACUUUGAUGAAACUUCUUAAGUUGAUGAAGCCUGGUGUCUUCCCCAGACUGAAAGUGUAUGUGGAUCAACCUCUUUGUCAUUAAUAUGUAUCAGGAUUGAAUAGAGUUAACAAGAACGUGACACAAUGUUUGAUCCAUGAAUCAUAACAGGAUCAAACCUACUUUUACUUUCCUCUAAAGCAGUCAUUUGCAAAGUAAAAUUCCUACAUUUUUCAUUCAGUAAUAUAGAUUUUAAUUUGAAACCAUCAGUGAGCCUCAGUGUUGGUCAGCUGUACUGACUUUAUUCACAACAUAGUUUUCAAAAAGUCUGCACACUGUGUGAAAUGUAAGUGAAAACAGAUCAGAGUCAGGUCCACACCAUUGAAACACUUUAUUAGAAUGAAACAGUAACAAGAGAACAUCCGGGUCUUUUUAAGAAUAGGCUUGUGCAGACUUUGAUGGCAGCCACACAUUUUUAGUUAGCCUGUGACAGGGUGUGUUUCCACUAUGCUGCAUUCCUUUGUAAGCAUCACUGGGAGCACUUCAGCGGUUCAGGUUAAAUUGAAUUAAAUUUUC